AUGGCCUCAACAUCCUCAUCGGAGGCUGUGUCCGACGCUCAGACCGCAUUCAUCUCUUUCCCGGGUGCGGAAUAUACGCAGACUGCAGCGGCUAGAGCAGCGCGCACCGUACUAUCUGCUCUUGGCUGGCAGGUCGAAGAGGGUUAUGGUCUCAGCGGCCCUGUCGCACAAUCGAGCUCUCAAGACGAUACCACUGCUCCACCAGGCAAGGAUCUGUACCUCGCAGACUACGACCUUCUCCCCUUUGAGGAUCUGCUGCCCAAUUCAUCAUCGUCUGCCAAAGGCAAGCAGCCGCAAUGUUCAAGCUAUGUCAUCCGCAAAGCGCUCAUCCGCAAGCAUUACCUGGCAUCUGCACUCAACACGUACGCAGUCAAGCUUCCGCCAGGACUCUCUGCGGACCGCUUUCGUACAUGCACUCCAAAGACAUGGCAUCUCGAGAUUCAAUUCGCCGACGAGCUCGACGAGCUUCUCAUGGACGAUCUCUACGAUCUGAACGAGAUGCUCGAGGCCAACCAGGAAGCUGUGGAACAAGAACGUCGGGAGGAUGUCAAAUGGUUUAUCUUGAAGCCAGGCAUGGCCGAUCGAGGAAAUGGCAUCCGCAUCUUCAGCACGCUUGAGCAGCUGCAGGCCAUUUUCGAGGAGUUCGAGUCGGAAUCGGACGACGAAGAAGACGACGACGAUCACGACGAAGAAGAAGGAAAGCCAGAUCGAGACGACGAAGCACACGGUAAUCCAGGUCAGGAUAGGAACAGCUUCGGCGGCAAAGACACGUCGGUCAUGGCAAGUCAAUUGCGACACUUUGUCAUCCAGGAGUACAUCCGGUCUCCGCUUCUAGUCGAUCCCACCCCACCGACAGAGCAUGGCGACUCGCUGGCAGCACACAUCCCGCAAAAGCUCAACAUUGGUAGCGCAGCAUCUCGACCCGGCGCCCGCAAAUUCCAUCUUCGCGCCUAUGUGCUUUGCGUAGCUGGACUCGCUGUCUAUUUGCACGACGACAUGUUGGCUCUGUUUGCUCCCUUGGCGUACGAGCAUCCUACCGACACAACAGUCGAAGACCUUCGAUGCCACUUGACCAACACAUGCCUGCAACAAGAUGGAUCGCUGGCUGUGGGCAACGACGCGCGUCCCAAGGAAGAAAACGUCUUCUUGUGGUCUGACCUCGCAGGAUCGCCUUGCACGGCAUAUGGCGCCAAAGAUUCGGAAAGUAGAAGCACGCUCUCAGCCGAUACGGUCGAAGAAGUGCGACAAAAAGCUGCCGACGUAAUUGGAGCUUGCUUUGAAGCAGCUGCAAAGGCAGGCAGUAUCCACUGGCAGAUGUGGCCCAACGCGUUCGAGGUGUUCGGUGUUGACCUGCUGGUCGGUCACGACGACCAGAUAGAAGGUCGAGGACAGGAACUCAAGGUAUGGCUGCUCGAAGUCAACGCCCAGCCUGACUUUGCACAGACAGGUGCUCGGCUCAGUGCGGUCAUUGAUCGGCUGUUCCAGCGCGUUUGCGAGAUUGCCGUGCUCCCUUACCAUUCGGAUCAGGACGCUCUACAGAAGCUUGAGGGCUGGAACGUCGGUGAAUCACGCUAUGGCACCACGCUCUGUUUCAAGGAGGAUCUUGGACGCGGUUUCUGA